AUGGCCGAGAGGCAGCCAAUGCUCUCGUUUGCUAAAGUAGUAUCAGGCCAACCCGCUGAUUUUUCAUCAAUUGACGCAGCAGCCAUUCCUGAAAAUGUACCCACACCUAUUCAACCUGCAUCAGUGAAUCACAAAGUCGACAGUGGAAACACAGAACGUCAUUCGAAACACGAAGAAAAACCGCGAAACUACAAUAAGAAGCGAUUCACGAAAAACAAAGGCGACCGCGAGCGCCAUGAACGAAAACCCAAACCAGAACCUGUAAAGGUUGAAAAGCCGGCGCCUCCACCGGAAGAAGUGAAGCCGGUCGAUCCUCCAGUAGUCUUGGAACCUGCUCCACUUCCCGCGGUAAACGCCUGGUUCAAAAACAAAGGUUUUUAUAUUAUUAUUGAUUGAAAAAUGUUGUUUUAUUGCAGCUGAGGGUGCCGCUUCCGCUGCUCCAGCUGCUGAAGUAGCUGCUGAAGCUGUGGAACAUAAAGAGGAACCAGUUGUUAAGGAAGAACCAAUCACUGUAAGCUAGCAAUGAAAACGUCUUUCGGUAAUUUUUCUUAAAUUUGUUAUAUUUUAGGUCACUGCUACUGCUCAAUCGUCGACUUCGUCACCUGAACAUAAGCCAGCUCAAAAGGAUAGCGAAUGGCCUUCUCUAGAUGAUAAUGGAAUAGUUUCUCCCACCAAUUCUGACACUCAGGUUUGUAAUAUCUUAGUUUUCUUUUCUGUUUCGCUAAUUUUAGGUGAUACAAACUGAGUUUAGUAUUUACAAGAAAUCAAUUCAAAUUUUGUCCUAUUUUAAGUUUCGGUCUUUAUUUAACAACACCAGUAUUAAAUUUAGUAAACUUUAUAUGAAAAAAAACCUAAUUUUUUUAUAGCUUGAACUUCUUUCUACUUUAUACGGUACAUUUCUGAAGUUUUUUUCAUUUUUUGUCGAAGAUUUUUUAUUUAGUAAUCAUUAUCUUGUCAAAAUUCCAAACUACUUCAGUCUUCCAUUUGGAAGCUUUCUCAUUUUUUUUUCCUUCUUUAAAAAAACUUUCACCUUUUGUAGGAGAAUUUGGACUCUGGAACUAGCAACCAAAAAACGGGUAAAACCAGUAAAAACAGCUGGAAACGAGUGGACAUAGCAGUUGACUACGGAAACAAAGGAAAAGGCUCUCGAGACAAAGGCUACAAGAGGAACAGUGAAGACGCUGGUUGGUUUUUUGGAAAUGUGGCGAUUUUUGUGUGGGAAAAAACGGGCGAAUUUCCCACGAAAAUUUGCGUUUUGCAGGGAAAAGGAACUCGGCUGACGGCGAUUCGGACAGCGGCGACGAGCAAUACUGGUAAGCUUUCGGGUUGAUAAUUAUAGCUUGCGUGUCAAUAUCCAACCCCUUUUAUUGCCAUUUUUCUGUUCCUUCCUGCCAUUUUAAUUGCCACCUAUGUUUGGUCCUUCAAAUCGAUCAUUCUCAACGUGUUUGUGGUUGAAAGUGUUCGCAAAAGGAGGGAAAUUUUUGUAUUUCUAUUGAUGGCACGGAGAAAGAAAAAAAAAUUUGUUGUUGCGUUUUUGGCAGGCCCCCGAAUAGAUAGACCUUCAGCGCGAGGCAGCUGACAGCUCCUCUGCAAUGUGCCUUUGCCGUCUAUUCUCUCUUACGGCGUGCAAUGUCUGCCGAUAGGCCGCGCUGCGUCUCAUGUUUGCCUGCCCCUACUGGGCUGCCUUCAGUCCGAAUAUAUUUUGUUUUUGGUUUUGUACUGCAGCAGCAAAAACUCCGUUCCCCGCUUUUUUUUUCUCGUGUAUAGUGUGUGACUCGACACCAAAAAUUGUAUUUGGAAAAAAAAAAUUCGGCUUGUUUUGCCGCUCUCUCUCCCAUGCCGUGUUGCAAGGUAGUUUUGGAACACGCGAAAUGAUCAAAUUUCUCGUAGAAAGUGACGACGCGAAAUGCCACUGAAUUCGCGUUUUGGGUGACUCACGCGUUUCGCUGCUUUUUCUUGUUCUCUGCGAUGACAAGACAAAGAGUGAGAAAAAGUUCAAAAUGUAGUCUUUUUUCGGAAUUUUUCUAGGGUUCUCAUAGACGAAGCAAUUUUUCAUGGAUUCAAAAACACUCGAAGAGCCCUUCAACUUUAUAAAAUUAUUUUCUUCACAAUCAUAGGGAUUUUUGAAUUCAUAGAAAAUUGUUCAUUAUUGCCAACACGCCAAAAUGAAAAAUGGCAAUAAAGCACGUGCGUUAAGUUCACCCAAAACGCACAUUUCCGGAGUAUCAAGACGUCACUGCAUAAAAAAGAAAUUGGAUCAUUUUGCGCGUUCCGGAAACACUGAAAGCUUUUUCUCUUUGCUCUUUUCUUUUCCAAAGUAAUAAUUGUUUGCAGUUGCAGGGUCGUGGAUAACGGCGCGAAUGGAAUUUACUAUCAGCAAGGAGCUACGCACGGUUGGAAGAAGAAAGUGAAAGACAACGACAGCUCAUCUCCGGACUCGCCGGUGAAGACGUCUUCUCCUGUCGACGACAGGUCCACCAACCGACACUCCUACAAGAAGCCUUUCUCGCCGACGCACGAGGAAAAGUUCGCGGCGAUCGUGAUGAACGGCAACGGUCGCGAGCAGAACGACAAGUCCUCGUCGGUCUCGCGCAACGGCUCCACCAAGUCCGACUAUUGGCACAAGAACUCAGAGCGCAAGGACGCGGUUGAUAAGCCAAAGGCCUACUAUCAGCGCAACGAUCGUUGGCAAGCUCGCGUCAACCCGCAUGCGCCUCCAAAGUUGACUCCUGCUCAACGGAAGGAACGUGGACCUCUACCAAGAUGGGAGGACAUCCAGGACGGCGAGGACAACUUCGACUACAUGACUCUGAUGGACACACAAUACGCGCAGUUCUACACGCCGCAGCAGUUCGAACCGAUGCCUCUGCCUCCAGACGCCCACAACGCCACUUUGAUGAUCCAACAAGCGCAGCAUCACAUGGCCGCUUUCGGAUUCCGGCCCACCAUCGCCAUGAUAGCCCCGCCGCAUGUCCUUCCCGUUUCUCCGCCGAUGGACAGCCGGCCGGACAGCGUGGCGAUGGUCAGUCCUUCGAUUCCUCCUGGCGCUGAGAACAUCAACACCUCGAUUCCCUUCGCUCCUGUCUACCCAAGCCCACAGCCGUUCGUCCCCAUUUCGGACGACACGCUCAAGGAUUGUGUUAAGAAGCAAAUGUGAGGAUUCAGAAAGUCUAGAAAAAGGCUUGCUGGGUCUCGGAAGAGAUUUUUUGAAGAGAAGUCUGAACUACUGUGAUUCGAAACUUUUGCUUUCGAGCUUUUGAUUCUGAACUUUAGCUUUCGAGCUUUUGAUUUUAAAAUGCUGCUUUUGAGCUUCUGAUUUUUAACUUUGAAGAAAUUGCCCGUCUUUCAAACACGUGCUUUCUCACGACCCUUUUUUAUCUCAAAUAAGGAAAGAAUAAUAAAAAAAACUGUGAGAAUCUAGGUGCUAACCUGAGAGCUGUGAGUUUGAAAGGCUGUCAUUUUCAGUUGAUUAAAAGCUUAUUAUCUACAUCUAAAAUGAUUUUUUUAUAAACUUUUUCUUGAAAAAAAGCUUUUUGUUGCGAUAGUUCAAUUAAUUUUCACAAAUUCUUUUGAACUUCCCAGCCAGCUUUUGUUAAUCAACCAAACUUUUUUUCGAAGCAUGUUGAUUUUGAUUUUUAGCGAAUACUACUUCUCUGAUGAUAAUCUUCAAAAAGACUUCUUCCUGCGGAGGAAAAUGAACAAAGACGGUUUUCUGCCGAUCUCCUUGAUUGCCUCCUUCCCGCGAGUCAGAUCAUUGACCCAGGAUCUCGUUCUGAUUUGUGAAGGACUUCGUGAGAGUGGAAAAGUGAGAAUAAAGAAAUAUUGGAGUAGAAAUGAUGUUGAAUUCUGAUAAUUUUAUAGUAAGUAAGUGUAUUAAGCUUUGCAGGUUUCUUUGCUGCGUGCAAAGUACUUUCAUGAAAUUCCAACUUAUUUUAUAACUAAAAAUUUGGUUAUAUCUUACCCUUUCUCUCGGGUAUUUCGAAUUUCAUAGAAUCACUUUGAACACGGCAUUUGAUUUUUAACAAACUUUUUUUCAUGUGGAUUUGAUCUCUGACAUGAAACAUUUAUUUUGUUUUUGGUUUUUUCUUAAACUUUUUUAUGAAUUAAAUAUAUUUUGGUAUUAGGAGUUUCAGAGCGUUUGAAAAGUGACUUUUUAUUAGGUUGAGCUGUCGAUUGACGAAACCAUGGUUCGACCUCGCGAAAAUCCUUCUUCCUGGCCGUUGUCUCCAACUGUCAACUCGCCAGUCGACCAAGUUCCUACCACCUCGGAGGCUAGUCAGAGGAAAUCCUCGGCGAAGGAAGAACCUGUGAAGGCGCAGGAGCCUGUCAAGAAACAGGAAUCUGCCCGUCAAGUUCAGGUUUCGUGAAUUUUUCGAGUUUUUUUUUUUACCACCUUCGUUUCCAGACGCAACCUUCCACGGCGGCUAGCACGUCAACUGCUUCGAAUGCGAGAGAUAGUGAACAGACUAUCGAGCAACCCCAAGCAGGAUCUUCAACAAACGCUCCUGAAGAAGAGGUUUUUCGAUGUUUCAAAGAUUUACUAAUUCUUAAUUUAGGUUUGGGAAGAAGUCAAGCCUAAGAAGAAGCCGAAAGGCCGCAACACCAACGACAAAAGGAAUGACUCGAAAUCGCAGAACAAGCAGCAAAGUCGUGAACAGCCGGACCUUGACUUCCAGUUCGACAAUGAGAUCAGCAGCGCUGGUGGCGCGACCCAUGCGACGCCGAAACGGGAGAAACCGCGAAAGUCUACGUUAAGGUUAAUGAAGACCCAAAAAUUUCAUUGAAAAACGACAAAAAACACGUUUUUUAUAACUGUUGGCGUUGCUUGGUAGCUUGAGUAUUGGAUAAAAAAAAGAUAUAUUUUAGAUUCUCUAGACUUUUUUUUGAGAUAACUUGCUGUCCUCUAGCCGAAAGUAUUUUGUUUGAUCAUUCAUUUAUUCCACAUGCAGUAGUAACUGAUAAAAAUCAACAUUUUUUAAAAAUAUCCUUUUUCAGUACGACUGAAGCGUUAGAAGAAGUCGGUGACGACGUUGUAAAUAAACUGAUCAUCAUGACGCCGAUGAAGCGGACGUUGGAUCGUACCGGCGACUUCACGACGCGGUCUCAGAAUCAUCUCGCCUUCAACGAAGAGGUUGAACUCGGCCUUCGACGUUAUGAGGAGGAGCUGUGGAACGAGCCGCACGAGAAGGAGACGCCUGUAAGACUCUUUUUCAACUACCUAUUUUUCGGUUCAUGAAAAUGCAGCUUGAGAAUGGAAGUCAGAAAUUUCUAACUAGAUUUCAGUAAAAAAAAAAAGGACAAAAAGUCUUGGAAAAAGGACACUUUUCUCCACAGGAAAAGCUGGUGAAGAUCGAGCUUCAGAAAUUUUUGAAAGAAGUUUGAACUCGACUUUUGAAGGCUUUUUUUGUAGGGAAAAUUUCCCAAAGUUCAAGAAACUUUAAAACAAUAUUUUUUCUUACUCUACUGAAAUAGCUGAAUUUUCAUCAAACCUCGUUCAUUCACUUUAGUUCCGUUCUAAUUUCGAACCUGUGUGAGGAAACAUGUGCUUGUUUCAUUUUGCCGACGGUAUAGUGUGUGGUGGUGCUUUUCAGCAGAAAGUCUCGACGGUCAGCCACGCCGAGUUCGCUCAGCUUCGUGGUGAGAAGGACGCCGGCGAACGGACUUCGGAGCCUCCCCCGGAGAUUCCUCCGUCCAUCGCCGCCGCCCCACCACCAUCAGUCUGGACCCAAAAGGCCAAGGAACGAGCCGCGACUUUCGAAUCGACUGUGGUACUUUUUAUAGUCUUUUGAAUCUUUAUUUUACCUCGUUAGAAUGCAUGGACUGCAUGAAAAAUGGCCUCUUUUCACUCUUAACUCGAUUUUUCCAGCCAAAGUCUCCGAUGCAACGUCGGGAGUCCGAGGAGCAGAAGAUGAGCCGCUUCUACCCGGUCAGCAAGCCGGCAACGACCCGCGACGCGAAAUCGCCAAGGAAGCAAAAGACGCGGUUCCGAACCGUUUUUGAAUGGCUUUUUAUAGAGUUUUUGUUUAGACACAGCUCAAAGCCUCCAGUUGAGAUGCCGGUUGCUUGGGUUUUGGGACGUGAAGAUCCGCCGCCCGCUCCGGUUGGCGUCGCCGCAAGUUCCAGCCAAAUCCCGGCCAAUCAUCCCUCUGUUGCUCUCCUCCAGGAGAACAACUUCGUUCAGAAUGUGUGUUGUACUUGAAUAUUUUUAUGAAAAAAAGGAAACAAAAAAAUCAGAUUUUUUUAUUGACUGUAGAUAAUUUAUAGUUUUUUAUGGAAUCGAAAAUUGGUUAAAUCAUCUUUAUUUUUUUAAUGCUUUGGAAAGAUGUUUGUUUUUCUUCAAAGAAAUUUCGUGUAGUUUCCUUCCCAUGACAAUUUUUGGCAACAAAUCACGUCAUUCGACUGAAUCAUUUCGAAAAAGACAUGAUUCAUUUGAUGAUAGUUCAAAAAAAAAUUGUGUGCUGCGCUGUAGCGAGAGUUUCUUAUUCUGUGAAAAAAUUGACCAUUUCGAAAUUUUUUUUUCUGAUAUUUUCGGUUGUCUACAAGAGAGUCGGUUUAUCGAGAAAAUAAUAGAAAACGUUUGAAAAAUUUUACGAAAACGCGGAAUAGCCUAUUCAUCCGCCAAAAAAACGAUUUCCGCGAAUUUAUGGCGUUUUCAAUGGGGGAGAAACAUUUUUAUGGAAACAGGCGACAAAUGCCUCACAUUUGAGGGAAUUCAUCUUUCUUGAAGCUUGAUCCCAAUUUUUUAUAUAGAAAUCUUGGGGCGCAAAUAAUAAGUAUAGAUUUAAUUUGCAAGUUUUCAUUUAUAGUUUUGCUGUUCAGGUUUACUCGACAUGGCGCCAGGCUUGCCUGAAGCAACGAAAGAGCCUCGGAUACGACUGUGCCGAAAUGAACACGUUGUACCGAUUCUGGUCGUUCUUCCUGCGGGACAACUUCAACAGGAGUAUGUAUGAGGAAUUCCGCAAGCUCGCGCUGGAAGACUCGGCCAUUGGGUAAUUUGAGAAGACGUCGAAGGGCUGCAUUCUAAUUGCAACUUUUGAAGAUCUCGCUACGGCAUCGAAUCUCUCUUCCGAUUCUACAGCUACGGCCUCGAGAAGAAGUUCCGACCGGAGAUUUACAAGAACUUCCAGAAGGACGUACGCGAAGACGUCGAGAAGGGAGAGCUAUACGGCCUCGAAAAACUCUUUGUCUUUUUGAAGAGGUUUUGUACCGAUUAAAAAAAAAAGUUAUCGAAAAAUUGUAGGUACAAAGGAGCCAAGCAUCUUUUAAUAGACGAAGCCUUGAAAUCGAAACUGAACGAGUACAAAAAUGUGGAUGACUUUUAUAUUGUGAGUUUGAAGAUUGCAAGAAUAUGGGCAGUAAAAUGUGAUUUUCGAGAUAUUGAAGCCGUGUAGUAAAAGUUUUAUUGCAUUUCCGAAAAUUCACUAGGAAUUUCAAAUCUCAUAUUUUACUGACCACAUGUCAUGCUGUAUUAAAAGUUAUGUCGCAAAUUUCAAAAUAGCUUUAAGGAAUCAAAAAGAUAACUUACUUUCGGAGCCAGAAAUAAUUUUGAAGUUUGCGAAAAUUACUUUGAACGCGGCAUCAAAAAAUCACGCUCAUAAAAUUUAUCAAUUUUCAGGCCAAUAAAGAGAAAAAGUGA